GACGCUGGCUAGCGCGAAUUUUGGCACAGCUCGCGAAAAUUUCUCACUCGGGUUUUCGCGGAAAACUCGGACGGCUCUCGACACGGCCAAUCGGCUUGAAUUAUGACUGAUGAAGUGCCGGCUCCCGGAUAAAUGGAGAAAACCAUCUGGCCAGGCAUUAGCGGUACGGCUUUAGAAUUCGUUUUCAUCUAAAAUUGGAGACGUUGGAUUAAUAGCCUGAGUCCAAGCUUAGCGAGCAUUUGUUGUUCGCGCUUCGCAUAAAACCUGACGGACAUGAACAAUGAACCGAACUUUGAAUCGUGAUCCACUGACCCAGAGAGGUCCACCAAACACGGGUGAAAAAAACUGACCACUCCACCCUGAUCAAACACCUCUCCGCCGGGAAAGCUACAUAGUUUAUCGCUGGUCCCGUGAAAAUCCAGCAACGUGUCAAUCGGCAUCGUUCUCUCGAGCGAAGCUUCGGGCAACGUCGAUCUCCCCCACCCCCUGCACACUCACACUCCCUCGCCUCCCUCUCCUGUGAAGGGUGGUGUUAAUGGGCGUACUCGCGGUUAACACCCUUAUACCCCGAUCUGGUGGGGUGCGCGGGCGAACAGAGACGGAGAGAAUCAGAGGAAGAACGAGCAGAACGACGUCGCACCCGCGGAGGGGAUGACGAGGACGGAGUAUCGAGAUUGUUAAUAGAAGAGAGACGGGGAACGUCGGAAAAGGCGUCGAGAGCAACGCCGCUCGGAUUGGCGCCGGAACGCCAAUCCGAACUACGAGCGCUCAUUAUCGCCCGUCUGUUUCUGUGGUGGGGUGCCCUUGGACGAGUCUCCUCUUCUUCGUCGAGCCUGAGUCUCGGGUAUUCCUCUUCUUCUCUGGCGAACGGCUGCACCGUCCGCCGGGUUGCCACGGCAGGUUCUCCCACUACGUCCACCGCCGUCGAACGAAGCUCGGGGAAGGGAGGAGGAGCCCCUGCACCGUCUCAGUCUUCGCGUCGCUGCCCUCCAGCAUUCACGCCUCCCGCGUCCGGCGCAGGCACACUCCGCGCUAGCACUACGGUGCCUACGUACACUCACACGCGCCCACGCUCGUACACGUACGCGCACACGCGACCGCGUCCGCCCCCCGUGUCUCCACACGCACAGACGACGCGGUUGUACACACGCCCUGAAUCCGGACGAGGACUUUAGCACACCAACACCUCCGCGGGAGGUGUGGGGGUGAGCCCCCAGAGGAGGUGUCAAUCCUAGCGCUGCUCAGUGACCAUCGCGGCGCCACCCAAGUAACACCUUUCGUCCGCUCUCCAGCCCAGAGCCACAACCGCACACACCGAGAGUCUAGUUUUGUCCACGGGGAGCCCUCUCUCUCGUUGCUGCUACUACUGCUACUGCCGCUGCUGCUGCUGCUGCAUUCGCUUUUUUUCCUCGCGACCGUUCCGCGUGCGGAUAGACGCGCACGAACUGUUCGACGCCCUUGUCGUCCGGCCGUCGGACGCUUGCUCCGUACCGUUUCAGGGCGCGCAACCCUUCCGCGAUCGCGCCGCGUCGUGAACGACCCCGUGGUAGACACAGUGAGUCAGUGCAAACAGUGAAGCAAACAGAGGAUUUAGUGCUCGAGUACAUGGUGUGACUCUUGCCCAAGCGCCACCGAGAUCAACCGCCGGAUUCAAAGUGUUGAAACUCGUGCUUCUAUUAAGGUGCUGUUCGCCUGGAAUUUGUACAUCGAGUGACGCCGGAAGAAGAGAGGCUGAGAGACCUCAGUAAGGUCGGAGGAAGGACGUACGAUGCCUCUGACGACGGAUCUUGAGGGGAGAUCGCAGCGGGAGCGACGAGAACGAACCGCUAAUCGCUUGCGAUCCUGAAUCGUUUCGGACUUUGGUCAAACGGCGAGACGAUUUUGGGGAGCAUGCCCGAGAUUCGGCCGGGAAGGACGGUCGACCACGCGGCUGCGAGGAUCAUCGUGAUCAUUGGUCAGUGAACGUGCAGCCAACGAAAACGAGAUCAGUGAAAAUACGAUAAUAAUAAUAAUACAAUAUCGAGGAUAGUGAAUUGUGAUUUGUGCUUGGUGAAAUCAGUUCUGCGAGGAGGUGAAGCAGGCGAGUGACUUGAAGAGGAAGGAAGGAUAGAAUAGAACCGUCUCUCGCUUUGAGUCACUCGAAGAGGAAUCUCGCGCGACUCGGCCUACCCGCCCGUCUCGAUGAGAUUCGAACAAGACACAGCGUGCAGGGGUACCCACUGCGCCAGCACUCCGCAACCCUCCGCGCUGCAGCAGCGUACAAGGCCCGAGGAGGUGGUGGAGGAGGAGGUGGACUCCGACUCCGCGAAGGACAUCGACGGCCAACGGCGCAAACGAAGAGAAUUGGAGACUAACGUGGUCGAGGGUGCAAACACGGGGCCGAGGGCCGAGGCGGGGGGGCCUGGGAUGGCGUACCCCGCGUCAGCGACGGCUCUGAAUCAACACUCGGCCUUCGCCACCUCGAUCGCUGGCACGCCGUCCAGCAACCCGAACGGACACAUAUCCGGCGGCCACCUGCCGGCCCCGGCCGCCCCGAGACCGACGGACUUCAGCGUAUCCUCGCUGCUGACCGCCGCGACCACCCAUCCGCCGAUUUUGGGCGGCUCGUCGUCCCAGGGUAGCGCCUCGCCACCGCCCGGUGGCCCCGGAAGCCCGGCCGCCGCGCCGGAAACCCCGCCACCGCUGCCCAGCCAAAGGGAAUUGUCGCAUCCGUCCUCGGCGGUUGCGGCCGCAAGUUACUUCAGCGCUGCCGCGUUGGCAGCUGCCGGUUUCUACAAUCCGGCGGCUCAUCUGCCGGCUACCAGCUCGCCCGGACCGACGGCGCAUCAUCUUCAGGGAAAGGGGAUCCUCACCGGCGGUCAUCAUCAUCCGCAUCUCAAUCCCCACGGCAUCACGCCGCCAGGAAUUUGUGGUUUAGGUUUAGGCCUAGGCCCUCACACGCCAGAGGAAGCAGCAGUCCUGGCGGCCGCGGCGGCAGCGUUGCACCACCACCAUCAAGGUGGUCCCGGUGGGCCAGCGAUGAGGCCGUUGAGGCCACCGCUGCCCCCGGGGAUGUUGCACAGCUCACCUCACCCGCUGGCACCGCACCAUCCCUUGGCUGGGCCACACCACCCACUCGUUCCUCCUCAUCACCCCGAAGAGGACGGUGUCGUGGACGAUCCCAAGGUGACUCUCGAGGGUAAGGAGCUCUGGGAGAAGUUCCACAAACUCGGCACCGAGAUGGUCAUCACCAAGAGCGGCCGGCAGAUGUUCCCUCAGAUGAAGUUCCGAGUUUCCGGUCUGGACGCUAAGGCGAAGUACAUUCUCCUGCUGGACAUCGUGGCCGCGGACGACUAUAGAUACAAGUUUCACAACAGCAGAUGGAUGGUGGCGGGGAAAGCGGACCCGGAGAUGCCUAAGAGGAUGUACAUCCACCCGGAUUCGCCCAGCAGCGGCGAGCAAUGGAUGCAGAAGGUCGUGAGCUUCCAUAAGCUAAAGCUCACUAACAACAUCAGCGACAAGCACGGCUUUGUAAGUACUACGAUAUUGAACUCGAUGCACAAGUACCAGCCGAGGUUUCACCUGGUGAGGGCCAACGACAUCUUGAAGCUGCCCUACUCGACGUUCAGGAGUUACGUUUUCAAGGAGACGGAAUUCAUCGCGGUGACCGCCUAUCAGAACGAGAAGAUCACUCAGUUGAAAAUCGACAACAACCCCUUCGCGAAGGGAUUCCGGGACACGGGAGCGGGGAAGCGCGAGAAAAAAAGACAGGCGCUGUUGACAGUGUCAGGCGGCGGUUCCCGACUGACAGCCGGCGGCCCAGCCUCGCCCGAGAAGCGCCGCUCGUCGAAUUCCGUGAACGACCUCCUGGACGACGAAGACAAACUCCUAGACGUGGUCGGACCAGACACGCCGCAUCCGGCGCAUCACCAACGAGAACGAGAGCAUUCUCGCGAGAGGGACGACAGAACGAGCGAGAGAGGAGAGGGUAGUGAGUCGUCGGGUUCCGAAAGCGGUGGCGGACCAGGUCCAACAGGGUCCGAGGGUCCGAGACCGGACGUUUCCGUGGGUCCACCGUUGCACCCACCCCUGUUACCGUACCUUUACCCACCGGUGCCCGGGUUGUAUCCGGGUCCCGGACCUCUCAUACCGCCCAGUCCCUUAGGCAUCCACGGUGGAGUCACACCGGGAAUGCUGUUCAACGCGCAACUGGCUCUUGCCGCGUCUCAACAUCCAGCACUGUUCGCGCACUAUCCUCACCCCCUGGCCAGUCCUCUUCAUCAAUUGAAGGGACAUCGAUUCGCGCCGUAUACUUUACCCGCGCCGUCUCACGGCUCCGCUUUCGAAACCGUGACGCCGGGCAGCAGAACGCUGAGCCCCAGGUCGCCACCUCCCAGGCCGCCGACCGGGUCCCCUACGCCAACCGCGGGACUCGCGUCCAGCGGUAGCUCGGCCGGAGAAUUGAAGUCCAUCGAGAACAUGGUGAACGGGUUGCAAGAGAAGAGGAGGCGCAGUCCAAGUUUGACGCCCGGUGGGCCUAGGGGCGACGCGGACACCGGCGGGGGGAGUCCGUGACAGGAGAGUGAGCCUGUUACCAGCACGAACGACGACCCGGACUUGGAGAAGCACCCGGACGAACCCUGCGAGCCUGAAGAGCUCUCCGGCGACGAGAGGGAGCCGGACUCAACCUCCGAGCCGUCGUAGCAGGGGAGAGGGUCGUCAGUCCCAGUGGCAGCCGUGCCCCGGUCCGGAUCGGGCACCGCCGGGCACCAGGGACGCUCGAGAUAACGAAGUGCAAUUUUACGGACUCCUCCUGACACGCCGCGUGCCUCUCUUCUGGAGUCACGCCGAUUCCUGUGUGAGUGUAUAUAAUUAUUGGACCGGUGGUGGAUCGGGGGAUCCGCGCCUAGGCAACGCGCGACGGACGAUAGAAUCGGGAAUCGCGGUGUAAAUUUCGAUAGCUUCUCGGUUUCUCGGAGGGGUGGGACGGCCGCGGUUGGUCGGGACUGAGACCUGCCGCUGAAUUAAUUGGAUGGAUGGUCGUGCGUAUGCGGAUCUGGAAACUCCUACCAUGUCGUUUUUAAAAUGAUGCUGUUUCUGGUUUACUUGGAAUUGUUUCGAAGGUAGGUUCAGUUCUGUUUUAAAUUUGCCGGAGUUUCCAAAUUUGUACGCGCGUGCUUUCGAAUUACUCGGAGUGUGUAAUAAGACUUGGGAACAUGCUUGUGCAAUGCAGUUUCGAUGAGCGUUGCCUCGAAACUAUCGACGAUACCGAUGAAUGAUCGUCGAUGAUUUUUUGGUAACACAAAGAACGGUGAAGUUUGAAGUACAAAAAUUAGAUUCCAAAGUUCCAAGGCUUUCUCUGAUCAUGCUCGACGUGCUUCAAAUCGUAAGUAGGGAGAGAGAUAGAGGUAAUGAAUGGUUUUGAUAAUUGCGGAAAAGAGCUACGUUCUGCCCCGACGCGUUUUAUGUAAUAACCGAGGAAGGAAGACAGUUGCAAUACGAGAGAGCACCUCCUACUAUUCGCAGCCCCUGUACAUAUGUACCCUAGUGAUAUUAUAUUAUAUUAUAUAUAUACAUAUUAUAUAUAUAUAAAUAACUCCUCUCUGUAUUAAUUAUUGAAUAUAAUAUUAUAUUAAUUAUUAGAGAGACGUAAACGACGCAUAAACGCUCGCUGCCCGAUCACGCCUCGGCGCCGUUGAAAGUAGCGCAAAAAUCCGAAGAACGAUUUGGAAACAAAUUCGAGACCCGCGUCGACGCGUGUUUUACAAAUUCGAAAAUCGAGAGUCGUUCGGUUCUUGCCGAGUCGAAUUGAAACGACGUCUCGAACGAUCUCUCUAGGGCAUUCAUCCACUACUCCCUUCUCGGCGUGUCGUUGCUUCUGGAGAACGAUGGAACACUGCUCUCGCCCCUCUUCCCAAAACCCCCGCGCCACCAAUUUGUAUAAACGUUGGCCAUCGAUGUAGAUAAUCGCGUGGACUUGUCGUAAACGCAAUGAGAAGCGAAGCUCGAUCCGUCAGUGGGUCGAAUCUCGGGUUCCGGUGAUCGUUUCGGGUGGGACGAUGUUAAACGAAGGGUGGAUGUCCUGUCAUUCUGUGGAUUAUUCCGAAGGUCAGAGUGCAAUUCGCGAUUGCCAACACUUUCCCUUGAUAUAAUUUCGUUUCUAAUCGAGAAAGCAAUCGAGGUGGAUACAGUGUACGAUAUUGAAAAUACGACGACCGUCGGCCUUGUAAAGAAUGUGAAUUAAAUUUGUAAUUAGGCAGCUUGUCGCAAUUACUAAUUCAGUUGGGAACUGUUUACUCAGUUGGAAACGCGUUGAACGAACGCAACGCUGAUUGUACAAAAUGCAUACAUAUGUACGAGAGAGUAUGGUUAACUAGGCAGCUCUGAUCGGUUCUCUGUUCUUUGAUUUUUAUUAUUAUUAUUAUUUUUUUUUUUUAAUUUUAUUGUAGAGCAACUCGUGAUACCUCCGACGUUUAUUGUAUAAAAAUGUGAAUACGCAACAAUAUCUGUUCCUAUCGUUUUAUUUUUAAUUAAUGCCACUUCGCCAGUUACAAACUGUCAUUAUGAUAAUUUUUAAAAUAUUUUUUCCUAUUUAAAAUUUUAAAUAAAUGCGAUGUCUGUUGAACGAUUUCAUCUUUUUUUUCUCGUUUUUUUUUUUCCUUGUAUGCUUGUGAGAUCGCGACACCCUUCCUUUAGCAAGUGAACGUCUGCGUCUGAACGAGAGAGCAAUACUUUUAGCCGGAAACAACUGAAAUCAAUUCAAUUCGCUAGACUCCAUGAUUAAUUUCAAUUUCUGUGAGAGUGACUCGUUUUCUCAAACUCCCCGGAUCCUUCAGAACUAAAAAUUGUACAAAACCAGCGAAACGGAGCCGCACAAAGACGUUCGUAUCGUUCGAAACGAGGCAAUGUUUCGGUCGAACGGAACGAACGGCAUAAGAGAACAUAAUCUGGAAGCGAUCAGUAUUGGAAUUUUGGGACCGUAUCGUCGAGUAACGGGGUCCUGGGGCCAACUGCGUUUCAUCUUCCCGUCAGAUAUCCGUGAAAAUCGUCGUAUUUCGUUUUCCUCUUUCACGUCUCUGCGGUUUACAUCUCGAGGCGCGUUGCGUACGGUCCUGACUGUCCUGUGUGCUCGCGGAGUGAAUGAGAGCGAGGGAACGAGAACGAGAACACACAUCGUCGAGAGCAAAAGCAAUAAAAUUUCAAUGAAACGAGACGAACAAAAAUUAAUGUGUAUCUCGACGAGGAGAAAAAAAAAAGAGAGAAAAGAGCUGUUCACGAGAAUACGUGAUAUUCCGUGGCUUGUAUUGUAUAUUGUACAACCCCCAUCCCCAUCAUCCGCCCCCCUCCAUGUCCCGAAAACGCCCUCCGAGAUCCACGUGACUAAGAAUUAUAUAUAUAUAUUAAUUUAAAAAUAUAA